GAUCUACAGCAAACAACAUGUCCGAAGAAAAGCCCCCCGUUAAAAAGAAGCCAGCUGCGCCCAAAAAGCCAGCCGAGCAUCCACCUUAUUCUGACAUGAUCAAAGCUGCUAUCUUAGCGUUGAAAGAGCGAAACGGUUCUUCCCGCCAAGCCAUCGAGAAGUACAUCAAAGCCAACUACAAGGUUGGUGAGGUCGGCUCGCACUUGAAGAUGGCUUUGAAGAGGGGCGUUACUAGUGGCAAGCUUGUCCACACCAAGGGAGUUGGUGCUUCUGGUUCUUUCAAGGUGGCCAAGGAGGAAAAGAAGGAGAAGAAGCCGAAGAAGAAGCCAGCUGCAAAGAAGAAGCCAGCUGCAAAGAAGAAGCCUGCUGCCAAACCAAAGAAGCCCGCCGCCAAGAAGGCAGCAAAGAAACCAGCGGCGAAGAAGACAGCUAAGAAACCCGCCGCCAAAAAGCCAGCAGCGAAGAAACCCGCAGCUAAAAAACCAGCUGCAAAGAAACCUGCGGCCAAAAAACCAGCAGCGAAGAAGCCUGCGGUUAAAAAGCCCGCCAAGAAAGCUGCGAAGAGUUCGAAAUCUCCGAAGAAGGCUGCCAAGAAAUAGGGAGGAUAACAACUCCUCGUUUAAUCAAACGGCUCCUUUAGGAGCCACCACAUUCAAGAAAAAGUUAUGACCAACUGAGUAAAACACUGUUUCGAUGAUCGAGUUUAACUUUGCGAUAAAUUUGGUAAUGGCUCUCA